AUGCAACUUAAUAUGACCCCUGACGACCUACUCUGGGAGCAAGCCGAAGAAACAUCUGACAAGUGGCUUGUUCAGUUUAUUGAACAUGAUGUCUUGAGAUCGAUCGCAAUCUUCAUCCUCACUCACAAUAGAGGACCUGCUUCUGAGGUUAGCAUACUCAACAAAGGAUCUUACAACAUUUCUGUGUGGUUAAAGUACGACAAUAGAGAUAGCGGAGCUACUGUGAUCCGGUUGUCACAGCCUGGUGCUGUCAUGUUCCCCGAGGAGAAAGUCGUGAAUGAAGUUGCUAUCAUGCGAUUUCUUAUGGAUCAGACAUCGAUAACCAUUCCUCUCGUUCUUCAUUCCGGUACAAAGCAAGAGAGCCCCCUCGAACUCGGUUCAUUCAUCAUGAUGGAAUAUAUCGAGCAUGAAACAAAGAUGUACGCCGCUCUUAACACACCGGGCUGUCCGAUAGAGGAGCGUGGGGUCCUAGACCUAAACAUCGACGAAGGCAGACUUGAACUGCUAUAUGGCCAGCUAGCUGGAAUGCUACUUCAGCUCUCUUUACCCUCUUUGCCUCGUAUCGGAUCUCUCAGCCAAAUCAACGAGUUUACUUGGGAGGUCACGCGCCGGCCUUUAACAAUGAACAUGAACGAGCUUGUCCGAAGAGGAGGCUUACCACAGUCAAAGCUUCCCGAUAUAAAUACUACAUUUGACACAUCGUCAUCAUACAUGGAAGCCCUUGCAAACAUUAACAUUGAGCAUUUUGUGCAUCAAAGAAACGAUUGCGUGGAUUCCAUAAAUCCCGCAGACGACUGCCGGCGAAAAUUCGUGGCACGGCGGCUUUUCCGCAAGCUAGCCAGGGAGAAAAAACUCACGAACCCAUUACUCGAGAAAGGGCCUUUCAAAACUUGGUAUGAUGAUCUACGGCCGGCUAAUGUGUUACUCAAUGAGGACCCUACGCAGAUUGCCGGGGUGUGGUUGCUUAUUGAGAAGCCUGAGUUCUGGGUAAAGGGGAUUGAGGAUUGGACAAGAGUGUUUGGACAUCGUCUAAAGACAUUUCUUAAGGCGAUGAAGGAUUGUGAAGACACAGCAAUCCAGAAAGGCCGGCUGAGAGAAGACCAGCGACUUUCCGGUCCUAUGUAUGAGAGCUGGGAGAGUGGUGAUUUCUGGAUUACGUAUGCAGCGAUGCACAGCUUUGCCUUUGAUGAGAUUUACUGGCAGAAGAUUGACCCCCGGUUUUUUGGACCUGCUCAGGAUAUCGAGAGAGCAUGGAAAGAGAGAUUGGGCCUUUUGGAUGAGAAGGAAAGGGAUGAGAUGGAACUACUAGUUGCUCGAAAGGUGAUGGAGAUGGAGACCAGGACUUUAUCCUGGGAUCCAGAUGAGUACACCCUGGCAUUUCACGCGAAAUUGAAGAGUCAAGAAAAGGCGAAAGCCGAAGACAGCCUGGAAGAAAGCAAGGAUAGCGAGCCUGCUCACGACGGGAUCGAGUCAACCCUUUGA